GCGCAGGCGGCGGGAUCUCUCUCCCUUUUACCGCCAUCGGAGCGGAGUCUCUUUCUUCCCCGGGACCGCUUCACUGCGCAGCGCCGCCUAACCUGUCCAGCCUCCGGCCAGAGAGCGAAGCAUCACUUGAGACUCAGCAAAAAUGGCAGACAUUGACAACAAAGACCAGGCUGAGAUGGACCCGGCAGAUUUGGAGGAUGUGGAGGAAGUGGAUGAGGAGGAGACCGGAGAAGAUGAAAACAGCAAAGCUCGUCAGCUGACUGUGCAGAUGAUGCAGAAUCCACAGAUCCUGGCUGCGCUGCAGGAAAGGCUGGAUGGUCUCAAUGGUUCGCCGUCAGGGUACAUGGAGAGUUUACCAAAGGUUGUAAAGAGACGUGUAAACGCCCUGAAGAACCUGCAGGUGAAAUGUGCCCACAUCGAGGCCAAGUUCUAUGAAGAAGUUCAUGAACUGGAGAGAAAGUACGCAGCCCUCUACCAGCCCCUCUUUGAGAAAAGAAGUGACAUAGUGAAAGCAGCGUAUGAGCCCACAGAUGAGGAAUGUGAAUGGAAGGCAGAUGAGGAGGAAGAGCUGACAGUAAGUAAGCAGGAUGAAAUGAAGGAGAAGGCCAAGUUAGAUGAAGAGAAGAAGGACGAGGAGAAGGAGGACCCCAAAGGCAUCCCUGAGUUCUGGUUAACGGUUUUCAAAAAUGUGGACCUGCUCAGUGACAUGCUGCAGGAACAUGAUGAACCUAUCCUUAAACAUUUACAGGAUAUUAAAGUAAAAUUCUCAGAUCCAGGACAGCCCAUGAGCUUCACGUUAGAGUUCCACUUCGAGCCCAAUGACUUUUUCACAAACACAGUGUUGACGAAAACUUACAAGAUGAGGUCAGAGCCCGAUGAGAACGACCCCUUCUCUUUCGACGGCCCGGAGAUCAUGUGCUGCACAGGUUGCCAGAUUGACUGGACAAAGGGCAAGAACGUCACGUUGAAAACAAUCAAGAAGAAACAGAAGCACAAGGGUCGCGGCACGGUCAGGACAGUCACCAAAACGGUCCCCAACGACUCCUUCUUCAACUUCUUCACCCCACCAGAAGUCCCAGAAAAUGGAGAGUUGGAUGAGGACGCGGAGGCAGUCCUGGCUGCUGACUUUGAAAUCGGCCACUUCAUCCGUGAGCGUAUCGUUCCUCGGGCCGUGCUCUACUUCACAGGAGAGGCCAUCGAGGAUGAUGAUGACGAUUACGAUGAAGAGGGAGAGGAGGCGGAUGACGAGGAAGGUGAGGAGGAGGCUGACGAGGAGAACGACCCCGACUACGAUCCCAAGGUUUAAGUGGUGACAGUAGAAAAAUAACCCUAUCCUGAAGGAUGCAGCCCCCCCAGCUGAAUGCAAGCAGCAGUGAAGCCUGGCCUGGCUGCCUUGAGGAUCAACUGCACUGUUAAAGCUUCUAAAAUUAAAAAUUAAAAGAAAAGAUAAAAAAAAAAAAAAAAAUAGUUACUUACCGCCUUAUAAUGUUUUGUAUUUUUCUUGGUAGA